AUGGAAAUAAAUAAUAUGAAAGCGAUCUUGAUUAUGGCUAUCGUAUGGAAUGUACCGGCAAGGCACGGGGAUGUGCCUAGUGCUUAUCCCAAGGCUAAACCAAGAAAGAAUACGACAUUUUCUGCAGUACCUCAAGGUAUGCCGAUUUUGAAUGAAAAAAUGGAAGAAUUGGGGGCAUCAAAUUCAAAGGAGUUGGCUAUAAAGCUGAAACGAAAUCUCUAUGGCCUAAAACAAGCCGAAAUGUUGUGGUAUUAA